AUGGGGUGCCGGAACAGUAAGGUCCUCCCUGAGCCUCCGGGGGACGUCCAGUUGGACCUGGUGAAAAAGGUCGACCCCCCCCAACCCCCCCAGACCGAUAUCUACAAGCACUUCAUAGGCGGGGAUGGCACGGCGAGCAAGACGGCGGCGGCGGUGUCGGGCGCCGCCACCUCGCCGCGGCCGGCCGGGCCGCAGGCCGCCACCCCCCCCGCCUCGGCCCAGUCCCAGAAGGAGCCCUGCGAGCUGUCGGACCGCCAGCGCAAGAAGGUGGCCAAGUACCGGGCCAAGUUCGACCCGCGGGUCACGGCCAAGUACGACAUCAAGGCCCUGAUCGGGCGGGGCAGCUUCAGCCGGGUGGUGCGCGUGGAGCACAAGAGCACGCGCCAGCCGUACGCCAUCAAGAUGAUCGAGACGCGCUUCCGCGAGGGCCGCGAGGUGUGCGGCUCGGAGCUGUGCGUGCUGCGCCGCGUGCGCCACGCCAACAUCAUCCAGCUGAUGGAGGUGUUCGAGACGGCGGAGCGCGUCUACAUGGUGAUGGAGCUGGCCACCGGCGGCGAGCUGUUCGACCGCAUCACGGCGCGCGGCUCCUUCACCGAGCGCGACGCCACGCGCGUGCUGCAGAUGGUGCUGGACGGCGUCAAGUACCUGCACGCGCUGGGCAUCACGCACCGCGACCUGAAGCCCGAGAACCUGCUGUACUACCACCCCGGCGCCGACUCCAAGAUCAUCAUCACCGACUUCGGCCUGGCCAGCAGCCGCAAGAAGGGCGACGAGUGCCUGAUGAAGACCACCUGCGGCACGCCCGAGUACAUCGCCCCCGAGAUCCUGGUGAGGAAGCCCUACACCAACGCCGUGGACAUGUGGGCCCUGGGGGUCAUCUCCUACAUCCUGCUGAGCGGAACCAUGCCCUUCGAGGACGACAACCGCAUGAGGCUGUACCGGCAGAUCCUGAAGGGGAAGUACAGCUUCUCCGGAGAGCCCUGGCCCAGCGUGUCCAACCUGGCCAAAGACUUUGUGGAGCGGAUCCUGACGGUGGACCCGGGCGAGCGGCUGUCGGCGGGCCAGGCCCUCAAGCACCCCUGGAUCGUCAGCAUGGCGGCCUCGUCCUCCAUGAAGAACCUGCAGCGCAGCAUCUCCCAGAACCUCCGCAAGCGGGCCUCCUCCCGCUCCUACAGCACCAAGUCGGCCCAGUCCACCCGCUCCAGCCGCUCCACCAAUACAACGGCUGAGGGCAGCCGCCCCACCGGCCCGGACCGGCUGGGCCUGGACCACUUGGGCCUGGACCAGCUGGGCCGGAUACACCUGGGCCUGAUCCACUUGGGCCUGAUCCACCUGGGCCUGAUCCACUUGGGCCUGGUCCACCUGGGCGUGGUCCAGCUCGGCCGUGCCUGGCCUGAACUGGCUUGGCUUUGCUCAGUCCUUCUGGGUCUGGCCCGGUUUGGCUCAGUCCGGCCCGGUUCAGCUCCCUCUGGCCCGGUUCUGUUCCCUCUGGCCCGGUUUGGCUCAGUCCGGCCCGGUUCUGCUGGGCCCGGCCAGCGUGGUCGCUGGACUAUGACCCAACUGGAGGACCUGUUGAGCAGAGUUCUGGACGCUGAGCUUUUCUUUGGACAGGAGGGACUCCUACACAAGCCGUCGGCCACCAUAAAUCUGCUCUCCCUUCUCCGCCUAGCAGCAUGUUUCAGGCCACGCAGGAAGCUGAGCCGGGGGUCGGACAGUCGGCAGCUUCAGCCUGAAAACAGCCCCCUUCUGUCACCAUGUUACAGCGUUCAGCCCCCCCGAGCUCCUGCCGGGGGUCCCUGGAGGCAGCGGAGGUCUCCCUGGGGCUCCCUGGUUCUCCCUGGUCCUCCCUGGUCCUCUCUGGUUCUCUCCAGGCCCCCCUGGGCCGCUGCCCUGCAGGCUUCUAACCCACCGAUUGGCAUCAGAAGUCCAUUCUGCAGAUCUGUGCUCAGCUGA